UGGGUAUAGUCGGAAGAGGGUCACACUCAGCCAAAACCAAAACAACGUGCUGCUGCGGAAUAUAGAAUAUAUUAUUAUUUAUUUUCCUGAUUAGCAAAGGACUUUAAAGAUGCCGCAAGGAAAGUUCAAGAAGGCAAAGCUGCCCGCUUCCAUACAGAAAAAGAAAAACCAAAAGCAAGCCGCCUUCACCCGCCGUUCCAAUGCCCCCAUUCAGGCGAAGAAGGCCAAGUUCAACGAGACCCAGAAGAUCAAGUCCGUCAUCUCCAAGUCGGUGAACAAGAGUGUCGAAAGCGAGCUGCGAUCCCGCGCCCACGAGGGCUACAUCCAGCUGAGCAAGGCGCAGGAGGCGGUGGCCAAGCACCACGCCUCCCAGGCGAAGGCGGCUGCGGCGGCCAGCACCUCCAAGUCCACAGAAUAGUUUACUUUACGCCUAAGCCCAUUGUUGAUAACCCAAGGACCUGCAUAUUUGAUAGUAAAACCAUUUUAAACCGA